CAGGCAAGCUCGGUAUUGAUUUUCCAUUUUCUCCUGAUGGUAAAAUUUUUACUCCGAUUGUAGGCUGAAAGACUUUGUAUCUUACAGUGGGACUUUAUUCAAAGUUUUCAAAUGAGUCAUUAAAGACGUGUGUGUGUUGUGAUCAGUGAAAACUAUUGCAAAUACAACGCAAUUUGCUGGAACAAAUUUGACACUGGACAAGGAAAAAAACGGUGGUGAUAAGAAAAGUGACAUUAUUUCUCAUUAUCUCUAGACACAGACCCGAACGAAGCUCGGUCCCUGUUACUAUGUGGUUGUCAUGCAUCGUAAAUGAGGUGAGCUUUCCAAAAGGUUGAAAUUUUCGUUCAUUCCUUUCUACCAUAAAACGCUCUGCUGGUUGCUCUGCAUUCGAGAAAAAGCAGAGAUAAACAUUAAGUGCUGUGCAGUUAGUCUGUGUGUUGUGGUAUUGGUGUGACAAGUUUAGCUCAAACGAAGAACAUGGUGAUGAUGAAUCGAAAACAGCUGUGUAUGGAUAAAAUAAACAGUGCAGGUUAAUCGCUGCUAUUAUAGUGGAGUGCGAAGUAUGAGUGUGCCCAGUUGAUGAUAACAAAAAAACAAUUCAUACAUUAGAUAAUCGUGUAACUUUAGAGCAGAGUAGAGAGUAGAGAGAGAGAAAAACCAGUUCUAAUUAUAGCAAGCGAAGGAAAUCAUCGUCGUUGAGCUUCGCAGUUCCCUCAUCAAAGCAGUAUCAUCAGUGCGCAUCAUUGGCGUAGACAUCUAUCUCGUGUAAAUACGAUAAAAAAGACAAAAAAAAUUGCAGCGUGUGCAAAACCCCGACAGUCACACACACGACCUACCAACCUGACGCAUAUAAAACGCAAUAUAUGUACAUAGUUUGGCCAGCAGCCACCCGACGCCAGCGAAACGCCAAAAUCCGACGGGUAUGCAAUUGAAUGGACACAAGGAGACACCAAAGUGUCGUCUAUGGCCGAAUCCGUUGGUAAGCAAGUGCUCUCUGCAGUGACGGAGGGGCAUCAUCAUCACCAACAACAACAGCAGCAGCAGUAUAACCACCACCACCAAAAUCAUCGAAGUUUCCUUCUGCAGCAAUCAGCAGUAGCAGCGGAAAGUGUUAGCCGCGGUAGCCAUAGCGGUAGCGGAAGGUCUAGAGCCAGAAUUUCACAAAAGCAAACAAUCAAGCAAAACAAACAGCAGCAAAAGUCGCGUACAAUCUGUAACAAUCAAACUACUACGACUAGGGAUUCUCGACAGACUAGCAGUAGCCGGAAGAGAAAGUACGAAGAAGAACUAGAAGACAAUUUUGGGUGCGGUAGCGGUCACGCACUGGUAAGAGAUCAGCACAGUUCGACACCCUCGCCAAUAGCUUUUCGUACACGUUCGCGUACAGUUUCCAAAGAAAUUCAGCUUUUCGGCAGCGCCGGAUGCAGCAAAGCUUCAAACCCUCCAGCAGACAUCCGUAACAGACAGCAGAAGUUAGCCGUUAAUGAGAGUGCGAAAAGCUCUGCCAGAUCGACUUUGAUUGCUUCACCUAGUGCGUCAACCCUUUCCUGUGCAUCAUCUCUGCUAUCGACGAUUUCCGUCAGUUCGUCAUUAUCUUCAUUUACAGGAGCAAUCGCGUCUUGUUCGACUCCAUCGAGACAAGUCGGCAGACUACAGGAUCAUCUAGAUUUCGAACACAGCAGCGCCAGUAGUAGCAGUCGUGGAGGUAGCAUUAGUUCUAUCGCUUCUUCAUCGCAUUCGAUUGGAAAAUCUAAACGCAAGAAGACCAGCGGGGACUCUAAACUAUCAAAGAAAGUAGCAGAGCGUUUAUUCAAGCAAGAGCCAGCCUUUGACGAGUACAAACCCUCUGGUAGAAGCAGCUUUAGGAAGAGUACCCAGCCAAGUAAUACGGUGGAAGAGGGACGUAAUCUACGUUCUCAUCAUCACCAUCAGACGGAGGCAGGGUUAGCACACGUAGUGGUAGUAUCGUCGGCAACAGUACCGAAAAAGCGACAGAAAGUGGGGGACCAACAUCCGGACAGUACGGGCAGCAGCCAUAAAGCCCCGAACCUGGGGGCACGUCUAGCCCGUAGCAGCGGAGGUAGGGAGCCCCAUCAUCAACAGCAGCAGCAUCAUUCCGGUAGUCAUCUCGGUAGUGCCAGUAGUGGUAGUAGCGGUGGUGGUAGUGGUCACACUAGUAGCAUUCAGGGGCACCUACCUAGCGGCCUGCUUAGACGUAGUUCUCGUGGAAAAAGUUCUCAUCAAUCCGCAACAACGGGUUCUUGUGUCAGCUCGAAUACCGCUAAUCCCAGCCAGAACCACCAACAACAGCAGCAUCCACAAUCGUCCCACUCGUCGCGAUCGGGCAGCCAUCGUGGUGGUAGUUCCGGUAGCACUUCGGCCAACAAUCACGCCGCGGCUGGAACUUCCGGUACUACUGCCAAAGGCUCGUCCUACAAAGGCGCCUCUUCCUCGUUGGUAGUGGUUAACAAUAACAAUUCCAACCUGUUCGGAACCGUGGCCAGCGCAAGUGGAUACGAUCCAACUAUUGCAGUUCCAGGACCAUCGAACACAGCAAUGGCCAAUGAUGGCACUCGCGGCAGUAGCAGCAACAACAACAGCGAUCAUCAGCAACAGCAUCACCACCAGCAAAGCAUACCUGGUUCGUCACAUCCGUUCAUAAAACUGCACAAGGCAACCAGUCUGGGAUCGUCAGCGGCCAGCUCUUCUACGGCACCCAUCGACGUCAACAUGAUAAACGUUGCCAAUGCCAGUGCUUCCGCGGCAGCCGGUACUGCUUCGAACUCCGCCAGCAUGGCGGCCACCACUGUUGUCCCACAUCCGGAUUCCGAAAGUGAUGACAGUGAAGUUGGUCGACUUCAAGCGCUACUGGAGGCACGCGGUCUUCCACCACAUUUGUUCGGAGCACUGGGUCCACGGAUGCAUCAUCUCCUGCACCGUACGAUGGGCGCCAACAGUAGUUCUAAAGCACAACAACUGCUCCAGGGACUGCAGUGUCAAGAUGAAAGCCAACAAUUGCAGGCGGCAAUUGAAAUGUGCCAAAUGUUGGUGAUGGGUAACGAAGAUACAUUGGCCGGUUUUCCGAUCAAGCAGGUCGUACCUGCGUUGAUCACCCUUCUGCGUAUGGAACACAACUUUGACAUCAUGAACAAUGCUUGCCGUGCACUAGCAUACAUGCUGGAAGCACUACCACGGUCUUCGGGAACGGUGGUUGAUGCUAUUCCGGCUUUCCUAGAGAAAUUGCAAGUCAUUCAGUGCAUGGAUGUGGCCGAACAGAGUCUGACGGCUUUGGAAAUUCUCUCGCGACGUCACAACAAGAGUAUUCUGCAAGCAAACGGUGUUUCCGCUUGUCUGACCUAUCUGGAUUUCUUCUCGAUAAAUGCUCAACGAGCAGCCUUGGCAAUCACGGCCAACUGCUGUCUAAAUCUGCACACGGAGGAGUUCCACUUUGUGAAGGAAUCACUUCCGCUGUUGGCUAGAUUACUAGCACAACAUGACAAAAAAAGUGUCGAAAGUAUAUGCACAGCAUUCUACCGGCUGGUUGAUAGUUUCCAGCACGAUCCAACUAUUCUGCAGGAAAUCGCCAGUAUGGAACUGCUAAAGAACUGCCAGCAAUUACUAGUGGUUACACCUUCGGUGUUAAACUCGGGAACAUUUACCAACGUCGUUCGGAUGCUCAGCGUUAUGUGUGCCAACUGUCCGGAUUUGGCCAUAACCCUUCUGAAAAACGAUAUCGCUUCAACGCUGCUCUACUUGCUUACCGGAUCAGCUGAUCCUGUUACGGCUGAUGUCGAGUUGGUACCACGAAGCCCAUCGGAACUGUUGGAAAUCACCUGCUUGAUAGGAGAACUUAUGCCACGAUUGCCGACGGAUGGUAUUUUUGCGGUUGAUUCACUUCUGGAACGUACUCAGGCCAAUGUACAAGACGCGGUUCAAUGGCAAUGGAAAGACGACCGAGGCGUGUGGCGUCCGUAUUCGUCGAUCGAUUCGCGAAUGAUUGAAGCUGCACAUUUAAAUUCGGAUGAUGAAAUCAGUCUAAGCACACUGGGGCGCACCUACACCAUCGAUUUCCACUCGAUGCAGCAGAUCAACGAGGAUACUGGUACAACCAGGGCUGUUCAACGGAAGAUUAACCACACACUGCUGGCUCAACAGCAAGGCACAAUGAUUAUUACUGCUGGACCAAUGACACUAUCAAGUGUCACUUCGAACGAAACUGGCGAGCCUUCGCUUGUCGCUGGAACAAGCCCCGGUGGUACCGGUUGUGUUAAUCUAGCAGCGCGUCCGCCAAAUGCGACUCGUGACGCGCGAAUAGCUUGCUUGAAAGAAGAACGAGGUUUAGCAGCUGAAUUUAUUAAAAACCUUUUCUCGGUUCUAUAUGAAGUGUACAGUUCUUCGGCAGGACCAUCCGUUCGGUACAAGUGUCUGCGGGCUCUGCUCCGAAUGGUCUAUUUUGCCAAUGGUGAUCUGCUGCGCGAUGUGCUGAAAAAUCAACUAGUAUCCUCACACAUUGCAGGGAUGAUGGCUUCUAACGAUCUCAGAAUUGUGGUCGGAGCACUGCAAAUGGCGGAAAUUUUAAUGCAAAAACUUCCUGAAGUGUUCGGAAUGCACUUCCGCCGGGAAGGGGUAAUGCAUCAAAUCAAUCAACUGACGGAUCCAUCAAUUCCGAUAUGUGCCGCUCCAUCCCCGAAAUCAGGCACACAGAGUGCUCCCUCUUCGGCCACUAUUCAUCCACAUAAUACGUUCGAUUUUGACAGUGCCAUUGCCUCAAGUUCAAAAACCAGCUCCCAGGCUAUUGCAAUCGUUGGUGGGGCUGGUCCCCACGUCAAGAACCUCAACUCCGCUAUGAUGGUGGCCAGUAAAAUAAGCAUGUCGAUGCCUUCGACUAGUUCUACCCUGUUGCACUCGCCAACAAAUGCCAACCUUCCUGGCACAUCCGGUAGUUUUACAGCAAUCAAUUUAAAUGCAUCUAACAAAGCGCUGCACCACAAUCACCACCACCAUCAACAGCAGCAGCCACAAUUGACUACCAGUACUUUACACUUGGAAUCGCUUGCCACAAACAUGCAAUCCAACAUCCCAGGAGCGAUUGCAGCCCCUAAUAAUGGAAACAUUUUGCUGAAUGCUAUCUACAGCUCAGCUAUUCCAAUCAACCAGCAGCCAUCGCAUCUUCAUCAUCAGCAACCGGAAGCUGGCUCUAGCAAACAAACACACUUAUAUCAGGCGCACCAUUUCCCGGAUACGUUUGCGUACAACGCAGAGCAGGGAAUCCUUACAUCUCCACUUUCAGUAGCGUCCGGUACGGGAGCCACGCUUGUAGCUACCACCGUAGCUGCUUCACAUCACGACACCCGAUCUCACAGUCCUGGUCAGCUGAAAGUGUCCGAUAUCCUGAAGCGCAAGGUUCCACCGAAACGGAAAUCUCAAAGCAGCUCCAAAUCAAAAUCCCGCCACGAUGAGGCUGGAAAUUCUCAGGCAACAAAUGCGACUCAUGCUGCUGCGUUGCCCAGUGGGUCUGCCGUGGCUGGAACAUCGACGUCAUCGUCAACCACAUCGUCGGUGAUGCAGGAGCUUAUCAACAAGGCGACCACAUUGGGAUCGUCCUCCGGUAGGAACACACCAUCGUCCAGUUCUCGUUCGCGCUUUUCUGGUGCUUCUUCGAAAACCACUUCCUUCCUGGCGUCACUUAAUCCGGCACGCUGGGGUCGACAGUCGUCGUCCUCUUCGUCACACCAUUCUGGAACCGCUUACGGCAAAGACGGAUCAAAUGCACUGGCCAAAAGCCAAUCGAAUUCUAAUCUGAUUGCUGCUGGAAAUCGCGAAAAAGCUCGCCAAUGGAUUCGCGAACAGUCGAUCAGCUUCGUGAAUCGAUACUCGACGGAUAGUGUUGGUGUUGGCGGCGGUUUGCAGCAUCCGGCAUGUUCAAUUUUGGCACGCUUGACGGGUGCUAUUCAGAAAUUGGAUGGCAAUCAUAAUGAUUGUCUGACUGCUCUCAAAGAGCUUCGAGACAUUCUGAUUCAGAGCGACAUAUCACCAUUCGAGGUGAACCAUUCGGGAUUGAUUCGCGCAAUGUUGAGCUAUAUGGCGGAUGACGGGAAUCAGCAGCUGGUCGAGCGAUCGGAUCGAUUGCGCAUGUUCCUGCACGUGUUUGCCAAUUUGCCGCUGGAUGCGGCAUAUUACACUAGUGUUGCACCGUCGAUCAAUAGUGCACCGUUCAGUGCAUUCGUAGCCAAGCUGAACGGAUGUGUUACCCAGCUGGAGCAGUUUCCGGUCAAAGUACACGACUUUCCCGCCGGCGUUGGUGGCCGUUCGAACACAAGUGCUCUUAAAUUCUUCAACACUCAUCAGCUGAAGUGCAACCUUCAACGUCACCCGGAGUGUACGAAUCUCCGUCAAUGGAAAGGCGGUACUGUUAAAAUCGAUCCAUUAGCACUGGUGCAGGCGAUCGAACGCUAUCUUGUGGUCCGCGGCUAUGGUGGCAUUAGAGUUGAUAGUGAGGAGGACUCGGAAGAGGAUAUCGAUAACAUCGAUGCCGCUGCAAUGAUAUCGAUGGGCGGUUUGAAGCAUAAGUUGCAAUUCCUAAUCGGAGAGCACGUUCUGCCAUACAAUAUGACGGUCUAUCAAGCCAUCCGUCAGUAUUCACCGCUUGUUAAUGACCAAUCAGAGACCGAUACGGACACCGAGACCCCAAUUGGAAGCGCUAGUAUUUGGGUACAACAGCACACCAUCUACUACCGUCCGGUAGAAGAGGAUCCCAGCGGAACAUCCAAAAGCGGUACAUCCAGUUCGUCAAGAAAAAACAGCAAAAAUUCGCAAUCAAAAAUAAUGCGGCGGAAACCAGAGUUCUGGAUCGACGGUGUCGCUCCAGCAGCUGUUUCUUCGCUAACGCCGUUUUUGACGUCGAAAUUACCUGAAGUUGUCACGGUACAAGAUGCUUCACUAGACGCGCUUUGCAUGUUGCGAAUCAUAAACGCACUCAACCGUCAUUGGGCCACGCUGUACUUUUCCGUGCCUCAAACGCACAUUGUUCCACAAACAGAGUUUAUACACUCCAAGAUUGCUGCCAAGGCCAGUCGCCAGCUACAGGAUCCGCUGGUCAUAAUGACCGGCAAUCUGCCCCAGUGGUUGCAGCAGAUUGCAGCCGCAUGUCCAUUCCUGUUCCCGUUCGAAACACGCCAUCUUCUGUUUUACGCCGUUUCCUUCGACCGUGACCGGGCGCUGCAGCGUCUACUCGAUACGACACCGGAUCUGAACUCCGCAGAUACCAGCGAGCGCGUUACACCCCGCUUGGAUCGGCGCAAACGUGCCAUAUCACGUGAGGACAUUUUGAAGCAGGCAGAAUCAAUCUUCCAGGACUUUGGUCACUCGAAGGCCCUCUUGGAGAUUCAAUACGAAAAUGAAGUCGGCACCGGUCUGGGGCCAACACUGGAGUUCUACGCACUGGUUUCGACGGAACUACAACGCUGUGAUCUAGGAUUAUGGAAUGACAGUGAUAGUUACAAAAAUAACAACCAACAAACGAGUUCUAUCACGGAUAAUAUAGUUAAAUCGUCAUUAAAUCAGAUCGACGAUGAUACAACUACCACGACUAAUACGACGACUGCCACCUAUAACAGCAGUUCAACAGUGGGCACGAAUCGAUCGUCACUAUCGCCGACGGUAACGCAUCAGCAGGACAGCGACCACAAUGUAAGCGACGGCAGCUUCGUGAUAAGCAAUGAUAACUCACUCAAUAUGCUGAUCGAACAGUCGGACAAUCUGCUGAUCAACAAUCCCCAGCAAGCGGAGAUGGAAAAUAAUCAUACACCUCCGCCAGCGAAUCAUCAGCAGCAACACUCGCUGAUAUCGCCAACGUCCGCCGGGAGCAGUGCCAGCGUAUCGUACGUCAAUGCGCCGCACGGAUUGUUUCCGAUUCCACUUAGCAAAACGGCGAAAACUUCGCAGAUCUCACGCUCAAAGUACAAGUUCAAAUUCUUAGGCAAAUUUAUGGCAAAAGCUGUGAUGGAUAGUAGAAUGCUCGAUUUACCCUACUCGAUACCAUUCUACCGGUGGUUACUGGCCGAAGAAAACUCGCUUGGCUUACCCGAUCUGGGCACAGUUGCCCCAGAAGUGCAGGGAACUUUACUGCGACUGAACGAGAUUGUCAAGCAACGCGACCAGGUGCAACUCGAUCUCAGCCUCGAUGCAAUGGAAAAGACUGAAAAGAUUGAAUCGCUCGAUCUGGACGGAUGCCCGAUUGCUGACCUCGGGCUGGACUUUGUUCUGCCCGGGCAUCCCAAUAUCGAACUGCGUCGCGGUGGACGCGAUAUGCCAGUCACCAUUCAUAAUCUGCACCAGUACAUUGCGCUGGUGACGCACUGGUUCUUGCAGGAGGGUGUUUCGCGACAGUUUGAAGCACUGAGAGAAGGAUUCGACUCAGUGUUUCCAGUAAGCCGACUGCGGAUGUUCUAUCCGGAAGAGAUGGAAAACGUUUUUUGCGGCUCGGGGCUUGGUAGUGCAUCCCACGUCCGCUGGGACGUUCGCAUGUUGGCUGAAUGCUGCCGGACGGAUCACGGUUUCACACAGGACUCGCAGGCCAUUCAAUUCUUCUACGACAUUUUAAGCACUUACGGCCGGGAAGAGCAGCGACUAUUUCUGCAGUUCGUGACCGGCAGUCCGCGUUUGCCGACCGGCGGUUUCAAGGCACUCACGCCACCUCUGACAAUAGUACGCAAAAAGAUGGACGGUAACCAAGAUCCGGACGAAUAUCUGCCCUCAGUGAUGACCUGCGUCAACUAUCUCAAACUGCCGGAGUACUCGAGUCGGGAAACGAUGCGACAGAAGCUAAAGCUGGCGGCUAGUGAAGGCAGUAUGAGUUUCCAUCUAUCCUAAGCGGACAAUCGGGAGAGAACCUGUGCCGGUAGGGGAGAAGAAAGAGUGCGUUUGAUGCUAGUCGCAGUGCGUAUUUUUUUCGUUUUUGUUUAUCCAUAAUUUAACCCGAAUUCGAUGAUCAUUCGAUCAGUGUUCCGUGAAAAACUAUUCGUUGGGGUCGCUGUGUUUUAUAGCACACACUUGCACUAACCGAAAUGCGCAAUACCGUUUGUUUUAACCAAAUAAAACUAGUGAAGUGAAUCCAUAUUGAACGCGAAUGUGUAAAUAGAGAGGAGAAAAGUUUUGUUGCAAAGCCUGAAAAUCUUGAUUUUUGAUGAGGACACAAUUCCUCCCGGUUAUUUUCGAUUAUAAUUCUUCAAUCUUAACUAUGGCGACUGUUUCGACUCAGACGGGUAAUGAUUGUAACGAGAGGAUAAGAGAACAAUGCGAUGUCCCACCGGUAGAGCAGAAAUUCAUAAUUUUCUUAGAUUAUAUUUUUCUUUGCGCGAUUAUCAGGCUGUUUAUAUUUUGUUUGUUUUUACCUAUUACAAAUUAAAAAAUUUCUCUUUAGUUCUAGUUCUAUUUUUGUUAAGGGAGUGUGGCACAGAUAAGAGGUGCGCGGUAGGAGCAUAGAGAUGCCACAGUGCAAUGUAAAAAAACUAAUAAAUAAAAAUACUAUCAUAUGGCUCAGACCCCUUUCACUUUCUUCUCCCUUCAGUAGCUAAGCUGUCAAACAAAUAAUGGUAAUGUUGGAGAAUGAAAAUUUCCUGUGUCACAACGACACGGGGCUGAUUGUUUUGUUUCUCCGUACCUUUAGCUUUCCUUCAACUCUACCCUAAUUAAUCGCAAAGUAUAAUGCAUGAAUGUUGUCGGCCAGACAUGCAAUUGGUCAUCCGAACUAAAGCUAUAAAUGAACGUGGAAUAAUAUCCACAGCAAAUAUCAAUAAACAAUCGCGAAUAAAAGGAAGGUCAAGCGAUAGUUUUGAGCAUAUAAAAGUGUGUAUUAUAUUUUGUUUUAUUUCUUCUGGACAAACCACGCGAAUCAAUACCAACAGAAAUUGUAGUAAAAUAUUGGCAAACUGAAAUCAGAACAAAUUUAUCUUAUAAACUGUGUCGUAAAUAAAAUAACAAAAAUCAAGCAGAUAGAGCAAGCAUUAAUUGUAACAGACAGAAUAAACAAUGGGCAGUGUUGGUAGGCAAGUGAGAACGUUACAACAGUAACGUGCGUGUGUGCGUGAAUGUGAUUGCAGCUCUCAGACCCACACAAAGCAGAAGCGCUGCCGACGAUUUGAAGCACAUCAAAUCUCUCAUAUAAGUUUGAACCUGUUGUGGCUGUCACACACUAGGUUUGCUUGGUUGAUGCGUUGUGGCAGUGAUUGUGGCGAGGCGUGUAUUUGAGAGCAACAUUGAAUAUACGAUAAGCGUAACGAUAAUGAUAACAAUAAUAAUCAUAAAUUAAUUGAAAUA